AUGGUAGAACAGAAGAAGCAGAAGACAAUGGUGAAGAAGAAGACGAAGAAGAAGAACAGAAUGGAGCAGGAAGUAUUUGAUGCUCAGAAGAUUGCUUGUGCAGUCACAGAGAGGGGAAGAAAUGAUGUGGAAAAACUCAGGGCCAUAUGGACCUGGCUAUGUCAUAAUAUUGAGUAUGAUUUGGAGGGAUACCUUGGUCUUUCUCAGAAGAUUUGCUCUUCUGAUGAGGUCAUCAGGACAGGAAAGGGUGUAUGUAGUGGAUAUUCCAGACUCUGUGUGGAGAUGUGCAGGGAGGUGGGCAUUGAGUGUGUGGAGGUGAGCGGGUACAGCAAAGGCGUUGGAUACCAGGCCAGGCACAGUUUAGCUGAGAAGCGUUCCGAUCAUGAGUGGAAUGCUGUCUUCGUGGGGGGUCAGUGGUGGCUACUUGACGCUUGCUGGGGCGCUGGCACUGUGGAGUACAUAUUGUCUGAUGACUUUUAUUUCCUGACUGAACCUAGUGAGUUCAUAAACUCACAUUUCCCUGAUGACAAGACCUGGCAACUUCUUACCACUCCCAUCUCCAUAGAAGAGUUUGAAACAAGACCCUUGAAGACCUCAGCAUUUUAUCAGUUUGGAUUGACCCUGACACAACCCAAACAGUACAAAACAAUCACAGACGACGGGGAAGCAAUUGUGUCUGUGAGCUCCUCUAGACUGUUGACCUUUUCGUAUGAGAUGAGGCAGCGGGAUCCCCAGACAGGAGCUCUAAAGCAGCAGGAGGUUGACAGCUCCUGUGGUCUCAUGUCAGUGACUCGUCAAGGGAUGAAGUUGCGAUUACUGCCCCCAGAGCCUGGGGCCUAUGAAGUGAAGCUGUUCGCCCGGCGAGAGGGUGAACCUGGUGCUCUGCGGUGGAUUUGCUCUCUUGAACUGGAGUGCCCCAGUAUCCAGAAGAGGCAGGCCCUGCCUAGUAACCCCUACCUGAACUGGGGCAUAGCAGCAGGGGCAUCGGCACUAGGUGUCAAGGGUUGCAGUGUCGCAGGAGAAGAGGCCAUAGUGGUGGGUGAGGGUGGCGAGUGCAAGGUGAUACUACACACAUCACGACCUCUGAUGAUGGUGUGCGAGCUCUCGCACCAUGAGCUUGACGCCACUGCGGCCAAGCGCUGCCUUGCGUCGCAAAUCACAGCAGAGCAGCUGGUGUGUAACGUCAUGUGCCCGUACAAAGGAUUUUACCGGCUGUCUAUAUUCGUGCAGGAUUACAACAGUGGAAGUGGGACUUUUCAAAAUGCCGGGAACUACCUGCUGCACUGUCAAAACCGAGGAUUGAACCCAAACGCAUUGUAUCCUCCAGACUUGGGCCUGUGGUGUGGUCCUGGGGUGCGUACUCAAGAAGCCGGACUGUCCCAUUUCAGCCACACAGGGGCGAUAGUAAAUGCACCCCAGGGCCAGUGCAACAUUACCUUCCACUGCGCUUCACCAGACCUGCAAAUACACACGGCCCUCUGCGCUGAGCUGCAUGAGCAGGCUCAUUUUUCUCUGUCCCGGUAUGUACUCUUGACAUUUACAGAUACAAGUAAGGUAACCGUGAGUGUGCACGCACCCAGAGCGGGAGUCUAUCGUCUAGGUAUUUAUGGACGCAAACCGCCUCAGCAGGACUACAUGUCACUGUGUGACUUUAUAAUCAGGAGUGUGUGUGAAAAGCCCGGAGAUCCGUUUCCAUGUGUGUAUUCAGCAUGGGGAAGAGGGUGUGUGCUGCUGGAGCCCCGCACAGGUGCACUGGCUCCCCAGAGUUCAGAAAGUUUUCGAGUGCGGGUACCAUGUGCGCAAAGAGUGUGUGUCGUGGGAGAGAAACGGACAGAUCUGAAGAUGAAUAAGAGCAGAGUUUGGGAAGGUGAGGCUGUCACUGGAAAUGCCACACAACUCAAGCUCGCUGCUGUCACUAAAGAAAGCAAUGACAUGCAUGUUCUCAUGACCUUUGAUGUCCUUAACCUGAAGAAUGAACAGUGAACAGAACAGACUUUUGUCUAGAGGACAAAAGGGCUACGUUC